UCAAAAUGGCUGCCUUUUCCACACACGUCAAGUCCAACCAUGCCCACAACUAAACGGAGGAUUUUCCAUCGUCUCUUUUCUAGGUAAAGGUAGCAUCAGCGUAACAGCAGCAAUGACUAACUACGUGGGUAUCUAUGAGCCCAUGUGCAUGAUACAAGGCUACGUCAAGUACACCAGCCUGGAGAUGGGUAACUCCAGCUGGAAGACGGGUAACCUGGAGCUGGCCAGCACCCCGACAGGACAGGUGGUGUGCGUGGUCAAUUUUGGCAUCGGCCCCUCCAAGAAGUUGGUGGUUACCAAUCAGAUCAAAGGGGUGAUCUUCAACCACCACGUUCCCCGCUGCAACAUCAGCCUGGCCACCGGUGCCAACAUCAACUGGAAGAGCAAAGUCAAUGGGAAGCCAGAGCACCCAAACCGGCCCAGUGAAAUCACCCGCUUUGCCGAUAUUUUGGAGGACUUGCACAAGGCACGCAAGAGAGAUAAAAGGCCCAAUUCUUCAGCGCAGCUGAGCCUCAUGUCCCCUCAGUCACAAGUGUACACUCCAGUCAAGCAAAACCUAGGAGGAAGGAACUCGCUGGUCAACCACCCGGAAAAUACUGUCCCAAGAACUCGCAUAUCUCCGACCACGCCCAGAAGUUCUGCGGCACUGACGCCCUGGAACCCAUCCACCCCUAUGGGGACUGCAGGCCGAACCUCUCCCAAUCCCAUGACGACCCCCAGCCACAUCAAAGCCGCCAUGGGCCUGGUCACCUCUGAGCCCAACCGGGGCUGGGAGAGCAGAGAGGGGGACAGCACGGGCAGCGACGAUGCAUCUGCAGACCUUUUGUCGAUGAUGUUCAUGGGCGAACAGAUGGACGGCGACAAGGAGAACAUCGGCGCAAAAAAUCACAUAACGCCAAAGAUGGGUGGAGCUAGCAAGAGCGUGUACCAGAUGCGGAAGGAAGAGGGCGGGUCCCUCUUCAUGGCUUCGUUUCAGGAGAAGCAACUUCAGCUCGAAGAGAGGAAGGAAAAUACUGCUCCAAAGCCUGUUUCUAGUGUGAAGGCAUUUUACAGUAGAGGGCGCCAAGCACCUGGUUUCACUGCCUCAGAUGCACUCCUGCAGCCGAGGCAAACCAACACCAAUACUUCCAUCAAGCGGACCCCUGGUUUUCUCAGCCUUCCGCAGCCCAAGAAGCCGUGCUUGGGCAACAAGUACGUGGGCUGGAGCCAGCGAAAUGUCCCAACAGCCGUCAAGACAUCUCAGGUCUCCCUACAAGGGUUUUCUAAUCUGGGCAAUACCUGCUACAUGAACGCAAUCUUGCAAUCUCUGUUCGCCCUAGACCGCUUCACCAUGGAUGUACUCAACGGCAGUCUCCUCCAUCUCAUGCAGAAAGACAGUCUCUACAAGGCGCUAGCUUCCCUGUUUUUUGCCAAACAACGGAACCAAUCCCCCGACAGGGUGGGGACUCACCUCCGUCGGGUCAAGCAAGCGAUAUCCUCCACGGCAACCAGGUUCUCUGGGUUCAUGCAACACGAUGCCCAAGAGUUCCUCUGUCAGUGCCUGGACCAACUCAAGGAAGAUUGGGAGGAGGCCAAGCAGAAGACAGAUGCCCCUCCCGGUGACAGAAGCCCACAGACAGAGGGGAAGGAAUCCCUGGAGGAUCCCCACCCCUGCCCAGUGGUGCAGAACUUUGAGUUUGAGGUGCUACACUCCAUCGUCUGCAAGCAGUGCGGGGAGGUGGUCACCAAGGAGGAGCAGUUCUACAGUCUGUCACUGGACAUGCCCAGAAGGAGUUCCACCAACCCUGUUGGGUCCGUCCAGACGGCACUUGAGCAGUUCUUCCAUGCCGAAACCAUUGAGUAUGCCUGCAGUGAGUGUAACUGCAAACAGGCCACCGUUACUCAUACCUUCACCAGGCUACCCAGAGUAAUGAUCAUCCACCUGAAGCGAUACCGCUUUGAUGUCGAUGCCGCUCAGAACUCCAAGCUGCGACGCCGGAUUCUCAUCCCCAAGUACCUUUCCCUCCUCUACCAUUGCUCCAAGGUGACGCAGGGUCCUGCAUCCACCCCGAAGUCGUUCAUCAACGGCACAGCUAGCCCCCUCAGCAAAGAGAAGACGCAGCGGCCAUCCCUCACGGCCCUGACAGACAGGAAUGCGGCAGCCAUUGACCAGUCGGGGAGGCCUUCACUUUUCAGCUUUAAAUUGUCACGGAAACGGUUGGAGUACGGCGACGGCAAUACAGGGAACCAGCUGGGACGCACGGUUUUCUUAGACAAGCUCCCAGACUCGGACACCGACGAGACACAGCGUGCCCUGGAGAUGAGCAAGAGGGAGGCUGAGAGGGCGGAGUUAGAGAAGGAGAAGAGACAGAAGCGGGAGCAGGAAGAGCUGAUGAAGGCGAUGGAGGAGAGCAAGCAGGCUGCCCAUCGGUCCAUCUCCGAGAUGUCAGAAGAACAACAGCUGGCCUACGCUCUUGCCAUCAGCACACAAGACGUGUCGGUGCUUAAAUCGGAUGACUGCUUUCAGGAUGAUCAAGAGGCUUUGAGAGAUACACCGAGCAAAACUGACGCAUCAAAUCUUUCCCACGACAUUGAGGACACUUUCGUAUCUCUUAAGAGACGAGGGAUGGAUGAUGCGGUCCAGUCUCUGGACAAAGUUCUCCAUCAGUCGUCGGGCGAUCACAUAGGCAUUGAGUCAAAGGAGAAUGGAACUCCCUGUAAGAGAUUCAAAACUGACUGUCUGGCUUCCAAUCAGAGCACUCCGUCUGAGCAUGCUCUAGGCGGGGGUGAUGGCCCGAUCGACCUCACAGGCGAGACCCAAGAUCCCGGAGCCAACAGAACCAAACCCCACCCCUGGCGACGAGUGAAAAAAUCCAUCGCAAACUUCUUCUCGCCCGCCAAACAGACUCAGAAAGGCAGCACACUCGGUCUGGACAGCGACUUUGCGGACACCCCUCUCUCAGCCAUUAAACCCACUUUAUUGGAGGCCACUGCUGUAGACAUCUGUAGGGAGGAUGACCACAGCACUUUGCAAGUAGGGGUGAACGGCGACACUAAGCCAAGCUAUGAGGAGCUCAAAGCUAAAGAGGAUGAAGAACUCAGGAGGGCAACUCAGCUAAGUUUGCUAGAUGCUCAAGAAAUUGAUAAAAGGGAAGAGGAUGCUUUGAAACGAGCUAAGCAAAUCAGCUUACAAGAGUUUUCUGAGAGCUUCACCUGUCUCGAAGAUGAUGACGAUGCAGCUGAACCCAUGGAGAUCGAUGAGGAGUCGGACGAUGAUGCAACCAAAGAACUUGCCAAGAACGCCGAGAGUGGUCACCUGCCAUUGUCUUACCAUCUCACAAGUAUCGUAAGUCACAUAGGCAGUACAUCGUUAAUAGGACACUACAUCAGUGAUGUCUUCGACAGUAAGAAGUCGACAUGGCUAAGCUAUGACGACUCACAAGUUGUCCGCAUGUCUGAGUCGGCAGUCAGGGAAGAUCGGGAGAGAACAGGUUACAUUUUCUUCUACAUUGCCAAGUGAGAUGUGCAUAGAUGAUGUUAAGGGGGAGCUUUGAGAAGGCAGGAAACUAGUUUGUUUGAAAAGGAGACAGCAUCAUGUCUGAUAUACCAUAUUAUGACGUACAUGUACCUGGGACCAAAAAUGUAGUGCUACCCUGGCAUCUGGUCUCUGAGGCAGAUGGACCAGUUAGAAUAUUCCAAACAGGGACAAGCACUUAAGAAGCCAUUGUCAGUAGAUGCCUCGCACAUAUAUAUUCCCAAAGCACAGGAAAGGUUGGUUUCAGAAAAGAAGAGAGUUCCGGCAGUUGUGACUAAUUUGCAGGACCUUGUGCAAACAUGUCUUCUCCUGUCUCUCCCAAAGUACCUUGUCGUCGUUAUUGACCAUCCUGGAUGAGAAAUUAAAGCCAUUUGAGAAAUGCAAUUCGGGUCAGCUGAAACCAGUUCCAGUCGGCUAAAGCCAGUUCUGACCGGUUCCAUCCAUUCCCACCUUGUCUCCAGUUAAGAAUUAACAGUACUGCUUUAACGAACAGCUUCUCUUUGGAAUCAGCAUGUUAUUUAUUGGAAGAAGUCAAAAUACCAACUUUUCAUUCAACAUCACAACUCAGAGCAGUGUUUAGUUUCCACAGUUCAGAUGUUGAUAAGUGACCAUAAAUUUGAGAUACAGUUGUUUUGGUACUAGGAGAAUAUGCAUCAUAAUAUUUAUGAUUACCAUUUCCCAGAAUUUGACACUUUUAAAAUGAAUACACAUGUACUUCAAGCAUUCAACAAUACUUUUUAUCAAAAUUUGCACGGUAUCAUUAAAACAAUGUACUCUAACAAAACUUCAGUAGACACAAGAUUUGCAAUAUAAAGAAUGUUAAAAACCACUGUACUCUGCUAGUUUUGGGGUGGAUUUGUGUGUGAGAACUAAACUACGUGGAAAAAAAAAUUUCUGGAAGUAAGAGUAGAACAAUGUACUUCAUUUCUCUUUUUUUUUUUUCUGAAGCCAAAAACCAGUCAGAUUUGACAGAUAGGACAUGUGUGAUGCAAUUUCUGUCGGAUUAUAAUCAAGCAUAUCCCCACCCAGUAUUAUUACGAUGUACAUAUUGCUUAAAGAAAUGCCAAUUCCGUGGUUUGACUGACUUGUUUUUUAACUUGCACAUAGAUUGCAACAUUUCACCCCGUCUUGCAUCAUCGAAGUUGUCUGGAUUUUUAAUUAAACUCACUGCUGGGUGUGCAAGUUCCAUCAACAAUCACCCCAAACCAAGCAAAGAUAGACAGGAACAUAGAUAUCACUCAGAGGUUUUGUUUUGCUGCAUGUCUGUCUGUGAAAACCAUGAUGUCAUUUAAUCUUUUUUUUUUUUGGUAUGAUCAUUUGGUGCUGGUUUUCCAAGUACAUGUACAUUUGCGUAAUAAUAUAUGUAUUGCUGUUGAAUUAGCAAACGGAAGCAACAAUUAAAGGGAAAUGCACUUUA